UAACAACCUUGGGGCUUAGAAAGGGACAGCUAUAAUAAAGUAUGUACAUUUUUCCGACACAACAUUUCGAAAGUUGAAAUUUCAAUUUUUAACCUAUGGUUUUACUAGAUUGUCAUGGUGUGUAAAGGUUGAUUUUGUUUUUAUUAUAUUUUGCAUAAUAUUUUCCAAGUCGUCAGAAGAGUAUACAAUAUGAACCGAAUAAUCUUCAACCACUGUCGGUGCAUAAAAAGAUCAACCUUAAUAUGGGAGGGCAGGCCGUAUCAGAUUUUUCCAUACAUAACACUUUCAAGGUCACUCUCAUACUAUACAACUCAGCCGAUUGGACUCCAACAUGACAUCUCACAAAAGCCCCUUAACACAAUGGUCCACUAUCCACCUAUGUUCAGACCAUUCUCGACAAGUAAAUACUACUUCGAAAAGGAACCAUUAAAACCCUCCUCGAAAGUUGAAGCCACUGUGGAGACAAUAAAAAAAGGAAUAGAGGAGAAAGAAAAACUCCCAAAGAAAGUGGAGGUAAAGAAAAGCUUAAAAGAGCGUAUCAUGAAUGAGUUGAGGCAUUAUUACCACGGUUUCAGGUUACUUUUCAUUGAAAUAAGGAUUUCUGCAUCAUUACUAAUUAAAAUUUUGAGAGGGCACACAUUGACACGACGAGAGCACAGACUAUUGGUCACCACUGUGGGUGAUUUAUUUCGGAUGGUUCCGUUUAUUAUAUUUAUUGUGGUGCCAUUCCUUGAGUUUGCACUGCCACUUUUCAUUAAACUGUUUCCAAACAUGCUGCCGUCUACAUUUGAAAGUAGAAGUCAAAAAGAAGCUAAACUGAAGCAGCAUUUAAAAGUGAAGUUGGAGAUGGCAAAGUUUUUCCAAGAGACUUUAGACCAGAUGGCGCCACAGGCCAGCAACAGACAUUCAGAGUUAGCAAAAGAGUUCUCCACUUUCUUCACUAAAAUAAGAACUUCAGGUGAUGUUGCUACAAGUGAGGAAAUUAUGAAGUUCUCUAAAUUAUUUGAAGACGAAAUUACAUUAGACUCUUUGCAAAGACCGCAUUUAGUUGCUCUAUGUAAAGUGUUAAAUGUUUCAACAAUUGGCACAAGUGCUAUGCUGAGGUUUAAUUUGAAAAUGAAGUUACGUUCAUUGGCAGCGGAUGACAAGAUGAUAGCUAAGGAAGGGGUUGACAGUUUGAACUUUAGUGAGUUGCAACAAGCUUGUCGAGCUAGGGGUAUGAGGGCAUAUGGUGUGUCAGAGGAACGGUUACGUAAAGAAUUAAGAAAUUGGCUGGAUUUGUCAUUAAAUGAGAAAGUGCCACCAUCUUUACUGCUGCUGUCUCGUGCCCUCAUGGUUCCGGAACAUGUACCAACCACUUACAAACUGAAAGCAACAAUUUCCGCACUGCCUGAACAGGUUGCUACACAGACAAAGGCGGCCAUCGGUGAGAAAGAAGGCAAACUUGACUUCAAGGCUAAAGCAGAGGCUAUCAAACUUGAAGAGCUUAAGAUUAAAGAAGAGAAGAAAGAGAUGCAGGAAGCAGAGAAAGAAAAGCAGUUGCUUGAAGCGAAGAAACGAGAGAAGGAGGAACUCAAAGAUAAAGCGCCUAUUAUCGACGCUGACGCUACGCCAGUAAUGGUGGACCCGGCGCCGAUAAUCGCUGUAGAUCCUCCGAAACCGAAGGCCGAAGAAGGACUGUCUGGCAAAGACAUCGAGGUCAUCGAGGACGCUUUAGAGAAAUUAGCUGAACAAAAGAAAUCCUUGCUUCUCGAAAAAGAGAGUAUUCAAGAGUUGAAAGCGGAACUCCUGGACUACAGCGAAGAUGUGAAGGAGAUGCAAGAGAUUGUGAAGACCAAACAGGCAGAUAUCAAACUCACCAAAGGCGCACGCAGAUUGUACCGGGCAGUUAACAACAUGAUAAGCAAACUCGACGCUGCUUUAGUAGAGUUGGAAAGUAAAGAGAAAGCGCUCAAAACAACACUGGAGCAGACCAAGUCAGAGCCGCAGAAAGCCAAAGAGCAGCUCAUACAAAUUGAUGAACUGAUGCAUUCCAUUAAGAGCCUGCAGAAAGUACCUGACGAGGCCAAACUAAAACUCAUACAGGAUGUUUUGGGAAGGCUGGACGACGACUUUGAUGGACAGUUGAAGAUUGAUGAUGUGUUGAAAAUGUUAGAAAUAAUAGGUAACGAAAAUGUGAACCUGUCAGAGAAGCAGAUGGCCGAGCUGAUCGAGUUGCUCGACAAAGAGGAGAUCCUCGAGGUGGAGAGCAAGAUCCAGAAGGCGCUCGACAAGGCGGCAAUGGCGGCCAAGGAGCAGGACAAGGGUGGCGAGUCUGAGGGGAAGAGUUUAUUCGACAUAAUCCGAGAAGCGCAGAAACGGCGGGAGAUGAAGAAGGCCGUCGAGAAGUUCGGAGAGCAACGUGCCAUGCCCAAGAGCGAAGACAUCGUCGCCAAGCCCGAGGACAGCAGUAAACGGCCCGAGAGCCAUUGAACUAACUUUACAGAGUCGGGUUACCGUAACAAGCGCUCGUAAAUGUAGAAUGGGUUCACAUUACAAUAUGUAUUAUCUGACAGUCGGUCACUGGUGCUCUUUACGGUUGAUGCAAGGAUGGUUAACUAGUUAAAACAAUUCUUAAACGUUGCACUGAAUAUUGUUUUUAAGUACAUAGCUGUCGACAAAAUAUUGUUGAUGUUUAAACUCAGUUAAGUAAACUUGAUUAUCCUUCGCCGUAAGAAACUGUCUAGAACAGUGGUGGGGCUGAAAUUUUACCAACAUAAUAUAAAUACUUAUAUAAGGCGUUCUGAAAAUCGUUCUAAAUAAAAUAGGAAAGGGAAGCCGGCAACAAUCGGGUUAUAUAGACCUUUCGCCACUGGUCUACAAUGUUCCCCAAUACAUUGGGCACUACGAUCGACUUGUUAGUCACAAGUUGUCCAACACAUGAGUUCUCUCUGAAGGACAAACCUUUGAUACUGUUGACGUAUAACUGUUACGGUAACAUAUUUAGCAAAUGUGUAAAUAAUUUCUUGUCUGUUUACGCUUUCCUGUCGGUUUACGGCGACAUAAAUUGGCAAAGAUGGCGUUGGCGUAUGUAGUUAUUAUAAUAUACGAAGGUGUGACGUAAUGUGUUAGUUUAUGUCGCUUAACAUCUUGAGGAUUUGUAGGUUUUUAAUUAUAGCUAUUUUAUAUUUGGAGGACUUGUGCUAUUCAUUGUAUAUAGCUAGUUGUUUGUCCUCUCACGGGUGGAAUAAAAAGGGAGUUAUUUAAAUUGAUCUAUGCGCUUUCCCGUUGCAGUUGAAAAUGUGUAUUUAAAUUUAAUCAUCCGAUAACCACGUAAUUUGUAUAAAUUAAUCUAAAAAAAACACUUAAUAUUCUGUCAUCAGUCCAUUUUCCUAGUUUCAGUCAUAAGAUGCUUUAAUAAUUCAGCCUAUAAGAGCAAAGCCAUGUUUCGUCUUUCACUUAAAUAAGUGCUUAAUAAAUUACGAGUUAAAAUUCAGCAUAUUUACUGUUAUAAAGGAAUUUUAACUUAAAACUUGCCUCGAGUCCAAUACAAAUGACGCACGUUACGUCACACUGUGGUGUUAGAACGUUCUGGAAGUUUUGAACUAGCUGUUGUACUAGUUGCGUAUUCAGAGAUAACGCAAUUAAUUUAAUACAAUUAAUUUUACAUAAUACGUUACACGUAACGACAAUAAGCAUUUUUAUAAACAUAUAAUCAAUCACACGUGAAUAAUAUGUAAAUAAUGGCAACCUUGCACUUGCAUCGGCGUACAAAAGUUAUUUUCGUUCCGUGUCCACGAUACGUUGUAUUUUUAUUUAUUUCUGGUUUAUUUAGAUUUCAGAGAUUUAUUUGUAUUGUUUAUGCAUUUCUGUGAUCGCUUUUCAGUUGUAAGUUUUAUGUUAUGUAUUAUGUUGUAGUUUGAAUGCAUCUCAAGCACAAAUUGUUGAAGCCUGUUUGUUUAUAAUUUUGAAUUGGUAUGAGAUAUGUGCAGGUAUUAUGCACAUUUAGUGUGUUGCAGAUAUUUAAAAUAUCAAUAUAUAACAUUCUAUUUAGGGUCUCGUAUUGAAAUAUGGAUACUACUUCACAACUCUGACAGUCUAUGUUUUUAUCGAGGCUUCUAAUAAUAUUCUAUUGUUGCCUGUAAGCUGUCUCACAUUGUGAAUAGUAAACUCUUUAUUUUAAAUCAGUGCUAUAAAAUACAUUGAUUUAUUUGUAUUCGAUGUGCUGACAUGUCUUAAAAAUAAGAAAAUAAACAGAUCGAUAAUGGA